CGUCUCUUCCAUUUUACUCCACGGGUCAAGACAUUUAUUUAUUGACUAACCCAAAACUCACUCCCUCUUUUUUCAAGUGUAUACCACACCGAACAACACAACAGAGUAGAGAGACAGAGCAUUAAGGAUGUUGGAGCUGUGCCGCAAGCCACUGAAGAUGUGCUUCGGUGGUGGAGGCAACGAUGAUGACCUCCUCUGGCACACGGACCUUAAGCCCCACGCUUCAGGGAACUACUCAAUUGCAGUGGUACAAGCUAAUUCAUCCUUGGAAGACCAAGCUCAAGUUUUCACCUCUCCCUCCGCAACCUUUGUUGGCGUAUACGACGGACACGGUGGUCCUGAAGCUUCCCGUUUCAUCACCAACCAUCUCUUCUCCUUCCUUCGCAAAUUCGCAACCGAGGAAGGUGAUUUGUCGGAGGAAGUUAUAAAGAAGGCGUUCGAGGCGACCGAGGAGGAGUUUUUGCGUGUAGUGAGGGAAUCAUGGAUUGCGCGGCCACAGAUAGCUUCAGUGGGUUCGUGUUGUCUUCUGGGAGCGAUUUCAAAGGGAGUUCUUUAUGUGGCUAAUCUCGGGGAUUCGAGGGCGGUUUUGGGUAGGAAAGCGUUGGAAGGAGAGGUGAAUUGUGGUGCUGUGGUGGCAGAGCGUUUGUCCACUGAUCAUAAUGUUGGGGUGGAGGAGGUUAGAAAGGAGGUUGAAGCUCUUCACCCUGAUGAUGCACACAUUGUGGUUUGCAUUGGUGGAGUUUGGCGAAUCAAGGGCAUUAUUCAGGUCUCAAGAUCAAUUGGAGAUGUUUACCUAAAGAAACCAGAAUUUGACACUAAUCCUCUGUUUCAACAAUUUGUAUGUCCACUAUACUUGAAGAGACCUGUAAUGACAGCUGAACCAUCGAUAUUGAAGCGGAAAUUGAAGGCAGAUGAUCUGUUUUUGAUCUUUGCAACAGAUGGACUUUGGGAGCAUUUAACUGAUGAAGUGGCUGUUGAAAUCAUCUCCAGAAGUCCCAGAAUAGGAAUAGCAAAACGAUUGGUGAGAGCUGCACUAGAAGAGGUUGCAAAGAAAAGAGAAAUGAGGUAUGAGGAUCUAAGAAAAACUGAUAAAGGUCUAAGGCGUCAUUUUCAUGAUGAUAUUACAGUGAUCGUUCUAUAUCUCGAUCAUUCAAAAGAAUCUCAAAAUGGUAGAUCAAAACAAAAAGGAGUUUAUGAUUGCAUUAAUACUCCUAUUGAUAUCUUCUCUCUGAACUCAGAUGAAGCUGAUCUUUAAAUUGAAUUAGCUAUUAGCAGUAGCGUCUCAAUUCUCCACGUACUGCUUUUUACCAAGAAAUUUGUCACAUAUAAAGUAGUAGUUAGCGGUGGCCAAAGGAAAAGGAUUGUAAGAGUACUGUAAACUGGUAAUUGUAGAUUUUUAUUAUUGUUAUUAUUAUGAAUUAAAAGGGUAAAAGUUUAGGUGAUUCGGCUUGGGUCCCAAAGGAUUAUUAUUAUUAUUAUUCAGAAUUUCUGUAACACCUUUUACCAUAAGUAGAAAUAAAAAUAAAAAAUAAAAAAUUGUGAAAUGA